GCAGGCCCCUAUGUUGCGUUGCAGCAAUGAGCACCGGCUUUUAAAGAUCAGCUGGUAUGAUAAUUGGAGGCUUGUGACUCCAGACGAAAACAUAUAACUUAAUUUUCGCUCCCUGAUCGGUCAGUCUUUUGCCAGAUAUCCACUGAGCAAGAUGUCAAAAGUCGUGCGCAAAGCUAUCUACACUGCUCUCGGGCCCAAGCCUUUGGCUCCGUACAGCCAGGCCAUCCAAGUUGACAACUUGGUGUACGUGUCCGGGAUGGUCGGCACGUCUGAACUGGGACCACUUGUUGAAGGCGGAAUCGCAGCCGAAGCCAAGCAGGCCCUCAUGCAUUUGGGAAACGUGCUGAAAGCGGCAGACUCGUCGUUUGAAAAAGUUGUGAAAACCACCGUUCUGCUGGCUGACCUUAACGACUUUGGAGUAGUCAACGAAAUCUACAAACAAUACUUUGUUGAGCCAUAUCCCGCCCGCAUGGCUUAUCAAGUUGCCAAACUCCCUCUGGGUGCCAAAAUUGAGAUUGAUGCCAUUGCCAUAGUUGGCGAGGUGGAGCACGUAAAGUCUAACUUGUAAUCCGAAAAGAUUGAAGAAUUUGUUUAAUAUGCGCAUCAAAUCUGUGGCUCAUAUAGCAGUCCAUUAAAAAUGCGUUAUAUGAUGCAACAGUGGAAA